AUGGCCCCUUGUAUACCAGACAUGACAGCAGAGGAACCCGUUGGCCUAUGGGUGUUGAGCCCAGUAGGGGAGGUCAAGUUACUGCCUGAACAUAGGCUGAAGGAGGAACGCCAAAAUUGCGAUCCAGAAGUAACGUGCUGUCACACAGAGACACCCAGUGAGGUGUCUGCAGCACUCACGGACAGUGUGUGUGCUGAGGAGCUGUUCUGCAGGAUCUGCCAUGAAGACAGGACUUCAGGGGAACUGCUGUCCCCCUGCGAGUGCUCUGGUAGCCUGGCCAUGGUGCACCGGGCCUGCCUGGAGCAAUGGCUCACCACAUCCAACAGCAGCCACUGUGAACUCUGCCACCACCAGUUUGCACUCGAGCACCUGCCGAAACCUCUCACUGAGUGGUUAUGUGCUCCAUCUAUGCAGCAGCAGAGGAGGACAUUGUGUGGUGAUGCAGUAUGUUUCCUGUUCAUCACGCCACUGGCCAGCCUGUCAGGAUGGCUGUGUGUUCAGGGAGCCAUGGACCUCUAUUACACUAAUGGCAUGGAGGCCUUGGGGCUGCUGGUCCUCACCCUGGCUCUGUUUACCAUAUAUGUCUUCUGGACCCUGGUAUCUGUGCGCUACCACAUGCAUCUGUUCAAGACAUGGAAGAAAACUGACCAGAGAGUGCGACUGCAGAUUCCCUUGUCCGGCCACAUUACACACAACCAACAGACCAUGUCCUUAAACAGCCUCGGCAAAACCACCAACAAAGAGACUAUGGUGUAAACUACACUGUACAAUACUGAACACACCUCAAAUGAAUGGGGGGUGAGAAGCAUCCCCAUACUCAACAGCAGGCCUUGAAGCCACUCGGGCUCCUCCAAGAGGUUAAAAAGCCUUUGCAACCUUUACCUACAAACAUUACAGUGGAA